UAAACUUUUACUUUAGUGUAUACUCUGACACCUUUUCUGUUAAAAAAGAAGGAGAUUUUACCAUGAAAAGGUUACUGCAAUCAAAGUAUUCAACUGUUCUGAACAAUUUGACAAGAAGAAAUAUUCAUUAUGUUCAGGGACAAUCACCAGAGCCUAAAAUAAGAGAAUAUUUUUACUUUAUUGAUCAUCAGGGUCAGCUAUUUUUAGAUGAUGCCAAAAUGAAAAACUUCACAUCAUGUUUUAAGGAGAAGGCAUUUUUGAAGUUCUUCUUCACAAGAAUAAAGAAGAAUGAAAGUGGGAGAUAUGAACAAGAGUUUCCUUAUAUUUCACCUUGUGGUAGAGAAAGAAAUUUUAUUCACUGUGAUGAUAGACCUAUAGUUUAUACUCAUAUACUUCCAAAAUUUAUAGAUAACAAAGACUAUUUAUCAUAUGGUGGUGCUGGAGACCUAUUAACCGUCUUGUUUGAACCUGAAAAAGUCUGUAUGUUACCCCAGUCAGGUCGUGUGUAUCAUCCUGCUAGUUUAAAAUACGGAGGUGUUGGACUUAUCAAAUCUAGUUUGGCAAUAGAAUUCAGUAAACAUUUCGAAUUUGAAAAUGGUGAAGAAAAUCCACCAACCCAAUUUACCUGGAAUAAUGAAAGACUGAAAUUAACUAAUGAAAUUUUACCAUUACUUCAUGAAAAUUCUAUUGAAGAGUGAUAAUUUUGAGUUAUGUUUACUUGCACUAUUUUGGGUCAUGUAGGAUACUGUCUUAUUAAAUAUAAAUUUGUCUUGACUCUUGAUCACUUAGUGAUGUGGAAAUAAGUGACCUUAUAG